AUGCCGCAGCUUUUCCCCGUUAACCCAUCAUCCUCGAUGGUCAUUCGUGCAGUGACACCAGAGAUCAUCACAUUCAGUCUGCCAUUUGCGCGGUUCGGGAUCAUGCGCGUCGGCGCUCGAGGAACCUUAAUCAAACUCGCAACUGGCUCCCUCGCCAUCUUCUCCCCCGUCAGCCUCACUCCGGAAGUUCGAGAGACAAUCCAGACGCAGGGCGGCAACGUCAAGUACAUCAUCGCGCCGGAUCUUGAGCACCACUUGCACAUCACAGCAUGGAAGAGCGCCUACCCGGAGGCCCACAUUCUCGCACCGCAUGGUCUGUGGGAAAAGCGACAGAAGGUCCCUGAGUUCAAGGAUACGCCUUUCGACCAUGUAUACAAGGACGGGGCACCACAUCCAGUCUCAGAGGAGUUCGAUGCGGAGUUUGAGACGGAGUAUGUGCACGGACAUGGCUCGCGCGAGUUGGUCUUUCUCCACAAGCCCUCGCGCACUAUGAUCGAGGCCGAUCUCAUUUUCAACUUACCUGCAACUGAGCAGUACUCGAAGUCUGAAGAGGGCAGUACCGGCAACUUGAUGACUCGAAUGGUACUUCCCUUCAUGAGUGUGAAGACACCUUCGACUUCGACCGGACACCGACGCUUUGCUUGGUAUGCGCUGGCAAAGGAUCGGGCUUCGUUCACCCAGUCCAUGGGUCGGAUUAAUCGGUGGAACUUUGAUCGGAUGAUUCCGUGCCAUGGAGAUGUGAUCGAGACGGGUGCUAAGGGGGUGUUUCAGGAUACCAUGGCGUGGUUUCUGAAAAAUCUUGACAGCCAUGCCUAA